UGUGCCAUGAAUUCCGAUGGCUGUGAGCAAGACUGUUCAAACAUGCCUGGAGGGUACUAUUGUAGCUGUGUGUCUGGCUACUCAAUGAACAGCGAUCUACACACAUGCUCUGAAAACAAGUCCUCUGUGUGUGUUUCUCUGCAACCAUUUCUACAAUGUUGAUGAAUGUGCCGGUGGUUCAGAUGGCUGUCACCAGAUAUGUAGCAAUCAUGACGGGGGCUUCCUCUGCAGCUGUGAAAAAGGCUACUUGCUCUCAGAUGACAUGAAGACCUGCACCUGGAUUGAGGUGGAGUAUCUUACCCCUGCCACUGUCAUUGGAUCUAACACUGUUACCUCCACAUUAAUUAGUCAACCAAGUUCCAGAGCACCAACAUACUCUGCCGCAAGUCCAGGUGUACUUCUGCCAACAUAUCUGGCAAACUCAAGUGUAGUCUUACAAUUGUCGACUCUCCCA